AUGAAUCUCUCACUGUUUUUUGCCCUUGCUCUUGCUGUAACCACUGUCAACAGUGUUAAAAUUCCAUCCAAAGCCAGCCUAGAUGCUUCUAUAACUUUAGAAAAGCGUUCUCCUAUGCCUGAAGGACCUCAUCAACAAUCGACAAAAACAGAGUCACCGUUUACCAAAGGUGGUCCAAACCCUCCCAAAAAAUCAAGGACGAAAAGAUUCCUCAAGAAACUUAGGAAAGCCAUGGGAGUUGUUGGUAGAAGUAUGGCUGGUGGUCUCGGCAAAUUUCUGCAACAAUCUAGUGGUGUUAGUGAUUGA